AUUGCCCAAAGUCGGCCCUGCGAAGACUCGGACAGCGACAGAGCAGAGCAGAGCAGAGCAGGAGCAUCGUUCCCCUAAAAGGAAGCUUACUCAGGGAGGGAUCGAGGUCCUCUUCGAAGCUCAGAUCUCGGUUAUUAUUAUCAAAGACAUUGGGGAAGAUGGAGAUGACGGAAGAAGUCGGUGUGUCGAAAUCGGUGGCAGUGUUCGCUUGCACUGCCAUGGCUUUCUUCUACGUCACCAUCCUCUACGCCCCCACGGUGCUCCUCCGUCUCCCUCGGCCUACCUCCUUCAAGCAAUUCUUGAUCCGCCGAUUCUUCUGCGCCGCCAUCUCCUCCGUUUUCUCCUUCCUUUUCUCGGCCCUCAUUCUCCCUGUGAAGAGGUGGGAGCCUUCAUAUUUACUUGGAGUUUAUGGCAUGCGUUUGGAUCAUCUGUGGCAAGCUGUGGUCUUUCCUCUUUCCCUCACUUCUCUAAUGUACGCUGGAUCUCUGGUAGUAAAGUAUCUAUUAUUGGUGAAUUUAUGGAAGGAGUAUAAGAACCAUGGUGGAGGCACAUUGUUUGACUGUAUCAGAAGAGUCCCGCAAAAGUUACUAGGCUGGAUCUUUUCUCUUGCUUCCAAUGUUGUUGCUUGGCGUAAUUACGUGGUGGCACCAAUUACUGAAGAGUUGGUAUUUAGAGCAUGUAUGAUACCUUUGCUCCUUUGUGGAGGAUUCAGAAUAUACACUGUUAUAUUUCUCUGCCCUGUUUUCUUCAGCCUGGCACAUUUAAAUCAUUUUUUUGAGCUUUAUGGCCAGCAAAAUCGCAGUUUGCUCAGAGCUUCCAUGGUUGUAGGUCUCCAGCUUGGCUACACUGUCAUAUUUGGCUCAUAUGCGUCUUUUCUUUUCAUUCGAACAGGUUUCAGAGCAAGACCAGCAGGACAUCUUCUUGCUCCAGUGGUUGCUCAUAUAUUUUGCAAUAUGAUGGGACUGCCUGUGUUGUUUUCACGGAGAAAUGGAAUAAUAGUUGUGGCAUUUGUGGCUGGGAUGGUUGGUUUUCUGUGGCUUCUAUUUCCAGUUACUUCUCCAAAUUUGUAUAAUGCUAGAACAGACAAUUGCAGGUGUUGGCCUGGGCAUUGUCUGCACUAAACCCUUUGAUUAUUUCAGUGGGGUUAGAGGUUGUCAUAAUGAAAAACUUGAAGAAACAGAAAAGGCAGCAAAAGAGAAGGGAAGGAAACAAAAUUGUUGUCAGUUUUCCAGCACCUGACUAAUCAUGUUUAAGAAUGAGCAGCCUGAUGACUUCAAGGGUUAGUGUUGAGCAUUCGUGCACGGAGCAAUUCUCAGCAUUUCUCAGGCCUUUCGGCGCAUGUCCCAUUUUUGUUUACCUCCUUUACAAAGUAUUUUCUCUGGUGAAAGUCAAGUGACUCAGGAUAUCUUGACCUGUAAUUUGCACAUGAACUGAUUAUAGACAGCAUCUUGUAUUCUUGUGUGCAGAGCAAAUGCAGGGGUGGUGAAGUUAUAUUAAUCAUGAUUCUGUUUUGAGUGUA